ACUUUUUGUCAUCACUGCAACAUUAAUGAAAGUGAGAGCCCUGGAUUGUUCUUCAAACAAAAAAUGCGUGUGUCUUAAUAUUAAUGAACAUUUAUGGGCAAAUUGUGAAGGCCUCAGUCUUGUAUCCGUACCAUCAUUUAAUAGUGCCGUCACGGGAAUAAAUCUUGCUAAUAACAAAAUUUCCAAUUUUCCUACAACUCUUCCUCAAAAUGUCGUUUACUUGGACAUCUCAAGGAACAGGAUAAGAAACGUUAAUCAACGAUCAUUGGAAGAAUAUAAUUUCCUGAGGAAUUUAAGCAUUUCUGAAAACUCACUUCAGGCGAUUGAACUGGGUUCCUUUCAAAACUCCUCAAAGCUUGUACACCUAGAUAUUUCCAGUAAUCAAGAACUGACACUAGAGGUUUUGGUUAACAUAUCGAGUGAUUUAAGAAAUUCUACUUCUAUCCGAGUUUUAAAUUUUGAAAAAUUGCAGUGCACGUACGGAGUAAGUUUUAUUGUUAAAAGAUAUCACCUUACUUAUCUUAAACAUACACAGUUGGAGGAACUUAACUUGGCAUCAAACCGCAUCAAUAGCCUUGAAUUAGGUGUUUUCUCUGAACUACCCAAGUCACUGAUGCAUCUAAAUCUGGCCAAUAAUGUACUCAGUUUUGGGUUAUAUUUAGUAGAAUUCGGAAAUUUGGUCAAUUUGGUGAGCAUAAAUGCAAGUUUUCAGUCCUCCUUCCAUCAAUUACAAUUGGAGGACUUUUUCAUAGGUUGCAAUGAUACGAAACCGGUAUGUACCAAUUCCUCUGGGACGAAACAUGGAGAAUUGUUUGUGAACAAAUGGCUAUCUUUACCAGGACCAAAAAAUAUCACAAUCUCCCUGCCAUCGACAUUACAAUAUUUUUAUUUUCACGAUAAUUUGUAUAAAAUGACUCUUCAAGACUUUACAUUCAAAUUUAUUAGUAAUCCUAUGCUUUCUCAUGUUUAUAUGCAGAACAAUAUUAUUUACAAACUGAAUGGUCCGAUUAGAGGCAUAGAAAGCAUCUUUCAUGCAGACUUCUCAAACAAUUUUUGCAGCUAUAUUUCGCCGAGAUUUUUCGAAGAUUUCAAAAACUUGUCUCAACUUGAUCUUUCCAAUAAUGCCCUUGGGGAAACUCUUGAAAAUGACAUCGAUGGAGAUAUAUUUCAAAAUCUGCGCAUGCUAACCUCUUUGAACCUUACACGAAACAGGAUCGUUCAUCUUCCGGCAAAAAUAUUUCGAAAUCUCAUUCAUCUUGAAAAUCUAAACCUCAGUUUUAAUUCUUUGAGUAAGUUUACAUUACCUUUAAGUCAUAUGGUUCAUUUGAAGAAUCUAGACCUCUCAAAUAACCAGAUUUCGACAAUGAAUGAGACAACUAGGAACAUGCUAGACGCAAUAUCUCUAAAGAAGUCUGUCUCAUUGAAUUUAAAUGGCAAUAGGUUAAGAUGCAACUGUGAAAACUUAGAAUUCGUUAAAUGGGUGCUUAAUUCAAAAAAUGUUGUUUUCCUUCAUUUUGAUGACUAUAUGUGUACUUUAUCAAAUUCCUCGAAGAUUCGAUUCUCAAAUAUCGAAUUAAUCCAAUUGAUGGAGAAGCAGUGUUCCUCGUAUACUCUCAUCAUCGUCAUUAUGACGUCAUUAAUAAUCGUCCUCUUAACAAUCACCAUCAGCCGUAUUCUUUAUAGAUAUAGGUGGAAACUGAGAUAUAUGUAUUACGUGGCAAGGGAAAAAUACAGUGUACAAGGGCCAAACGCAUUAGGAGAGGAUUCUUUUUACUUUGACGCAUUUGUUUCUUACGCUGACAAAGACAGAAUAUUUGUUAUCGACCUUGUUAAGCGUUUGGAAGUGGAAUUCAAUCUAAGGCUGUGUAUACAUCAUCGUGAUUUCAUCCCUGGAACAGGGAUAGCAGAUAAUAUCACGAACGCCAUUCAUCAUAGCAGGAAAACCGUCUGUGUCAUAUCUUCACAGUUUUUACAAUCAUACUGGUGCAUGUUUGAACUCAACAUGGCACGUAUGGAAGCCAUUUAUUCAAGAAAUGGUGAAAAUGUCUUGCUUUUGGUGGCAUUAGAGAAAGACGCCAUGAAAAAAUUGCCAUUCUCAUUCAUGGAUUUGAUUGAAUCAAAAUCUUAUAUAGAAUUUCCGGAGGGUGGAGAUAAGGAUGAAGUAACAGCCUUUCGAUCCAAACUUGGAGAUACGAUUAGACCUCAUGACAAUUACUUUAGAUCUCUAUCAGAAGAGAUACGGGUUGAUGAUUAGGAGUUAUAACAGAAUUGUGAUUUUAUCAUUAUAAGUAGAGAAAAAUGUAAA